AUGGCUGCAAUCACAUUGUACGUAUCUUCCAAACCAAUCAUAGUUCGUCUCCAUGGAGAACCGUCGUCGUCGAUCUUCCUGCCCUCGUCGCGAAGCGGAAGGAGCAUAAGGACGUUCCGAGAAGUCGCAGGCGAAUGGGCUCCCGGCGGUGGUCCAUCGGUUCAUGAGAGCAUCCCGCCACCGCGCGCCGUCUCCUUCCACCUCCACCUCCUGCGCGCACUCACCCUCAUCGCCCUGCGUGCGCCGGUCGUGCACCUCCCCGUCGAGGGCACCCCCGCCGGCGGCGGCUCCAUCCCUGCCCCUCGCCACGGCGGCCGCUGCGAUCACAAGAUCUCGCGCCGGAGCGACCUCGGAAGCAUGUCCAAAGCCCGGGUUUACGCCGACGUCAACGUGAUCGGGCCCGAGGAGUAUUGGGAUUACGAGUCCCUCGCGGUGCAGUGGGGCUUUCAUUGUUCAAAAAAUCGCCGGUAGCCGAAGCAGAGGAUGGGUUGCGCAGCAGAUCUGAAAAGGAUGUUCAGCGAGCUCGGAACAAAAAACCUCUCCUUCGGUCCGCUGAACGCUUGUAUGUCCAUGAAAGGGGUAGAUCUGGACGACUGGAGCUUGCUGAAGAUGAAAGAAAUCAAAAUACAGAUGCUGAAUCUCCCCAGAUCUGGAACCCUCCGCCGAAAGGAGCAUACAAGUUGAAUAUAGAUGGAUCAUACACACCUGGUUCAAAGGAAAAUUUCGCAGCUUGCAUAUGCAGGGACUCGGGAGGAAGAAUGGUUGGAGGAGCAGCUGUUUCAAUCCGAGCAUCUUCCCCUUUAAUGGCUGAAACCCUAGCUCUAUGGGAGGCCUUAAAUGUUUUCUUUUCUAGAAGACACGAACAGAUGAUCAUUGAGUCAGACAGCUUACAACUGGUACAAGCGAUAAAUAGUUAGGAAGUGUUGAGUUGGGAAACUCAAUCUCUUGUCAGUAAGUGCAAAGAUAAAAUGCGGGCCUUCAGACAUGUGCAGAUAGUCCAUUGCCUUAGAGAAGCCAACCAAGUAGCAGAUUGGGUAGUUAAAGCCCAUAAACAUGGCUAUUUGCCUCUGAAUUGGGCCGCAUCUCCUCCUACAACUUUGCUAGAUCUGUUAUGUAAUGACGCCCAUCUUCCGGGCCUCACUUCUUUACUUUGUUAAUGAAAUCAGUCCGCUUU